AAGACUGGUUUUGAGGAAGGAUUCAUUGCAUGUAGCAGAUCAGAUGUAUGUGAGAGAGCAGAAGAGAGAGAGAGAGAGAGAAGAUGAGAGCGACACCUUUGUAUUUCUCUUUUCCCAAUAUAAGUUUUUCCCAAUGACACAUAUAUACCAUUGCCAUUCUCCUCCGCAACACCAUUCCCAUUUCACCAAGCUCCUCAUUUCUUCCUCCAUCUUUUUUUUCCCUACUUGUUAGGGUUCUUUCUCAAAUGCUCUUUAACCUCUGCACUCUCAUCACUCUGAUUUCAGCGCUUUUCGUCUUCGGCCUUUUUCUCUUUGCCAUCUCUGGAGGUUUGUGCUCUGAGGAACAGUCAUGCCUGCCCUCGUUAAUUACAGUGGUGAUGAUGAUUUCUAUCCUGCGGGUUCUUUUUACUCAAAUCCCAUGGAUUUGGGUUGCCUGUUGUCAAUUGGCAGUGUGUAUUACCCCCCUAGCAAGCGGGCUCGCAAAGAUUCCCAAUUUGCGUUCGAAGGGAGCGAUUUUGAGCAAGUCAGGAAGCCUUCAAUUGAAGUUCUUCCUGAUGAAUGUCUCUUUGAGAUCUUCAGGCGCCUGGAUGGUGGUAAAGAACGGAGCUCAUGUGCAUGCGUCUCUAAGAAGUGGCUUAUGCUCUUAAGCAGUAUCCGCAAGGUUGAUCUUUGCAAAAGCCCAGCUGCAGAUAAGGUGAUUCAACCCUUGAAGCUUGACAAUUCAGAUGACACUGAAAUGACCACUGGUGAAGAAGAUCAAGAACUGGAAAAUGAUGGUUACCUCACAAGGUGUUUGGAAGGGAAGAAAGCAACAGAUAUUAGACUUGCUGCUAUUGCCGUUGGAACCAGUAGCCGUGGCGGACUGGGUAAGCUAUUGAUUCGAGGUAGCAACUCAUUCCGUGAGGUUACCAACCUUGGCCUCUCAGCAGUUGCUCAGGGGUGCCCUUCUCUCAAGUCUCUUUCUUUAUGGAACGUCUCUUCUGUUGGUGACGAAGGUCUGAUUGAGAUAGCUAAAGGAUGCCCUUUGUUGGAGAAGCUUGAUCUUUGCCAGUGCCCCUCAAUUUCCAACAGAGGUUUGAUUGCAAUUGCAGAGGGAUGCCCAAAUUUGACUGCUUUGAAUGUUGAAGCCUGUUCAAGGAUCGGUAAUGAGGGCUUGCAAGCUAUUGGAAGGUUUUGCUCCAAGCUGCAGUCCAUAUCUAUCAGAGACUGCACUCUUGUUGGAGAUCAUGGAGUUUCUAGUCUGUUAUCAUCAGCUUCUUCUGUGCUAACGAAGGUAAAGCUUCAGGCUUUGAACAUCACAGAUUUCUCUCUAGCCGUGAUUGGGCAUUAUGGCAAGGCUGUUACCAAUUUAGUUCUUAGUGGUCUCCAGAAUGUAAGUGAGAAAGGCUUUUGGGUCAUGGGUAAUGCUCAAGCUCUGCAGAAUCUGGUUUCGUUGACAAUUACUUCCUGUCGGGGAACUACAGAUGUCAGUCUUGAAGCCAUUGGCAAGGGUUGCACAAAUUUGAAGCAGAUGUGCCUUCGCAAGUGUUGCUUUGUGUCUGACAAUGGACUGGUAGGUUUUGCCAAAGCUGCAGGAUCGCUUGAGAGCUUGCAACUGGAGGAGUGUAACAGGGUUACCCAAGCAGGGAUAAUUUCUGCCCUCUCGAACUGUGGAGCAAAGCUGAGGUCUCUUACUCUAGUGAAGUGCAUGGGAAUCAAGGAUAUAGGUUCAGCAGUACCUAUGCUCUCUUGUUGCAUAUCGCUUCAAUCCUUGUCCGUUCGGAACUGCCCUGGCUUUGGUAGUGCUAGCCUGGCCCUGGUAGGAAGGUUGUGCCCUCAGCUCCAGAAUGUAGACCUUAGUGGUCUCUAUGGAAUGACAGAUGCUGGGAUUCUCUCGCUUCUAGAGAGUUUGGAGGAAGGACUUGUCAAAGUGAAUCUUAAUGGUUGCUUGAAUUUGACAGAUGAAGUAGUUGUGGCAUUAGCUAGGCUACAUGGGGAGACUCUGGAGGUAGUGAGUCUCGAUGGGUGCAGGAAGAUUACGGAUGCAAGCUUGGCGGCAAUUGCAGACAACUGCUUGUUUCUUCGUGAGCUAGAUGUAUCCAAGUGUGCAAUCACAGAUUCUGGCCUUGCUUUCCUUUCUUGUGCAGAUCGGAUCAAUUUGCAAGUCCUCUCCAUUUCUGGCUGUUCUGAAAUAUCACACAAGAGCCUCUCUUCCCUGAAGAAAUUGGGCAAGACCUUGGUGGGGCUGAAUCUCCAAAACUGUACUGCAAUCAGCAACAGAUCAGUUGAGCUACUUGUCGAGAGCUUGUGGAGAUGUGAUAUCCUGGCUUAAUCACGAAUGGAACAACAUGCCUAUGUGGCAAGGGAGAGAAGUAGAUAUUACGUAGGGGGUAAGAUCAAGAAAUCCAAAGAACUAUAGUUCGACUUGUCUGAUCGUAGAUGUUAAGUUCAUACAGUCAGUUCACACGGGUAGCGACGUUCAGCAUACGACAUUUUUGGCUCAUCAGCAGUGGCCCUGCUUGGUAUCUUGGUAUCUCAGUGGCUUGGUUGUUUUCCAGGGGGACUUUGGCAGAUAAUUUCGUCGGUUGUCUUCUUUUUUGCAGGCUUUCUUAACUUGGGAAAGCCUGUUUCAACUGUUUAGCCCCCUCAUCAACGGGAGGCUGCCUCUUUCAUGGCCAUGGUUCCCCUAGAAUGCGGUCACCAACCACUGAGACAAGGUGUUUCCACUUGCAUUCGGUCCUCUUUUUGUUGCACUGGAUGGUUUACCUGGUGUUUUUAGCUUUUGUCCUGCAUUCCUUAGUUGGCGUGUCUGAUCAAGCUUUCCUUAUUUUUCAGUCUUACGGAAGUCUGUUGUCUGAGAUUAUAGUUUUUCCUUUGUGUUUAUUUAGGGUCUUGGUCUUGCACAUGUUUAUGGGACUAGUUUUCCCGUUUCAUGAGCAUAUUUAGCAAGUGUUUGGUUGCUAUGUGCGGUUCAAAUCCAAGUACGUGUUCCUUCUGCUUUUCGGCUUUGGUGGUGGCGGUGAUUCCAUUCAUCUGCCGUAGACAACCUUGUUUAGGGUUUGUAUUUUUCCCCAACUAAGUCAUAGUUUUGCAGGUUUCUCUUUGCUUAUGAAUUGUACUCUGCAACUACGAGUAAAGUUUUUAGUUAUUUUUUCAUCA